UAAAAAUCCGAUCAUUUCGUUGAAUGUCCAAUUUGAAAUUUCAUUCCGUUUUUAUUUUUCAGAUUUUAGUUUUUGUUCACUGUUGUGUGUUUGUGAUAUUGAAUCGAUUAUUCUAAACUUUUAUCCAAGAAAACAAAAACAACAAAAAGAUUCUCAUCAAAAUGAAAUUCAAGAUUAUAUUGGCCUUGGCCUUAGUAUCUUUUACCCGUGCACAAGAAGAAGAAGCACAUCCGGCACCAGAACCCUAUUCAUUUUCAUUUGAUUCGGCAAAUGAUGACGGAAGUGCUACUUCUCGAUCCGAAACUGGUGAUGCUAAUGGUCAAAUUACUGGUUUUUAUAUAAUCAAAGGUCUUGAUGGACAAGAUCGACGUGUUGAUUAUAUUGCCGAUGAAAAUGGAUUCCGUGCUCAAGUAACCACCAGUGAAGUUGGUACUGUUUCACAUGAACCAGAUUCAGCUGCCUAUUUAUCGAAUGCUCCAAGUAUUGAAAGUUUACAAGCUUUGUGGGAACAAUCCGGUGGAAAUCGUGAACAAUACUUUAAUUUGGCUAGCCUACCAAAUAGUAUUGGUACUGGUACAGGAAAUGCUGGAGCUGCCGGAAUUGCUGGUCGUGGUAGAGCUGCUGCUGCAUUAAUUAGUGGUGGUGGAGCCGCUGGCCGUGGUGCUAGUGGUGCUUCCGCAAGCUCAUUCCGAUCGGGUUCGGCUACAUUGACAACUGGUCUUAUUGGUGGCGGAGCCGCUGGCGGUGGUGCUGGUGCAUUGAUAGGAGGUGGCGGUUCCGGUGGUGCUUCCUCAAGUUCAUUCCGAUCUGGUUCGACUACAUUGACAACUGGCAUCGUUGGUGGCGGAGCCGCUGGACGUGGUUCUGGUGCAUUGAUCAGUGGUGGUGGUCUUAUUGGCGGAGGUAGAGCUGGGGGUGCUUCCGCAAGCUCAUUCCGAUCUGGUUCUGCUACAUUGACAACUGGUCUUGUUGGCGGCGGAACUGGUGGAGCUCCAAUAGUCAACCAGGAAGGUUUCGUUUUGGUUCCAGCAUCAGUAGCCCGAAGUGCCGGUUUAAGCGGUCAAGCAAUUAACAGUGGCUAUAGUACCUCCUAUUCAACUGGUGUUGUACCGAUCACAACCGGUAAUGCACCAACCAUUCCAAUAAUACCAAUUGGUGGUGCUACAACUACAUUACAAGCACAACCAUCAACAAUCAUCACUUCUGGAUCUUAUCAAGCACAACCAUCAACAAUUUUCGCUACUGGAUCUUAUCAAGCACAACCAUCAACACUUAUCACUACUGGAUCCUAUCAAGCACAACCAUCAACACUUAGUACCUAUUACAUAAGACCAACAAUUACAACAAAUGAACAACAAUAUAGUUCUGGCCUUCGAAUCGUUCCAAUUCAAAAAAGAAAAUAAUUAAUUAAAUAAUAUCUAUGAUAAUUACAUUAACCUUCA